UCUGUUGCUGAUGCCCUCUGAUACGGAGCAUGCCCAUCUCGUCACGUGACGUCUUCGCCAAAGGGUCAUAUUUCAGCUGCUGCAAACUGGUUUCUUUGGACUUGAACUUAUCCUGGAUGGUCGGUCCAAAUGAGCCUAAAACACUAAACAUGGGAAACACGGCGGCGAUUUUGGUCCUUCUGGCCUGUUUGGUACCGGAUUGUGCUCUGGGAACGCUACAGUUGUCCGCGACGGUUCCAGAGAACGCUCAUGUGGGGGAGACUAUCAACAAUCUUCGGUCGGACCUAAAGGAAGAUCGGGAAGAAGUCAGGUGUGACAUUGUAGCCGGAAACAAGAACGGGCGCUUCCGUGUGAACGACUGCGUGAUCCAAGUGGCUCGUCCGUUGGAUUACGGCGUCCACCCGAGCUAUAACCUCACGGUAAACGUCACUGGGUCUUCCGGAAGGUCCGAGCAGGUGUUUGUUGAUGUACAAGUCCAAGACGUGGAGGGAUACCCGCUUGCUUACAACGACACGUGUGAAACGCCGAUUCGGAGUGGCCCUAUGAUGUCAGAAGAUUUCUUGUUCGACAUGAAAUUGACAGGCGAGUUCAUGAUAGUGGGAGUUGGAGAGAUGUCCGUGUCACGAUACAUGGCACUCGGUAACGAUGAAACUACGUAUACCAUCGAUAAGAAUGGUUGUCUAGUGUGGUUUACGUUUGCCCCCUGGCACACUUAUGACGUAGUUUUGUUUCAGUCGAUCUGGGAUUCCCAAGUACAUUGCAUGCAGUGUUUAAAUGGUGCGGGAUUGGUCGCACAAGGUCAAGUAUUUCGCAGAAAUACCGACUUUAUUCGAAGGUGCUACACCGGACCUACACCUGUGAUGAAUGAUAUUUUCAUGUUGGCCGGUUCGAUCCCGCUUUCUUCAGUUAAAAGGAAUACUUUUUCAUGCAAGUUUCCAGAAAACGUUUCUUACAUAAUAGUUAUAGCUGAUAGCUCGAGACGGAUAGCAAUACCUAUCCGUUUAGAAUUUGAGAUCCAGCCUGUCGGAUGUCCCCCGAACAGGUACGGGGUGUUGUGUGACCAGAACUGCACCUGUGAGAACGGCGCCCGCUGCCACGGCCUGAACGGGGCCUGCAAGUGUCAGCCCGGAUGGCAAGGUGUCGUCUGCGACAUUCCUCACAGAACCGUGGCCAUUAUCGCGACUCCUGGCGACUCACGACAGAUUUACAUCACCGGCUCUGUAACGCUGCACUGCAGGGUUUUCCAUCUGGCUGCUGAAAGGAUGACGUGGACAUUUCCUAAUAAAACGGAAAAGUGGCUGCAGGGCGAAGACCGAAAACCGUACGAAGAUCAUAUAAUUAUCCACGACAUCCAGUCCGAACACAACGGUACCUACACCUGUACGGUGUUAACGCAAGACGGGACGGUCUUUAACGCAAGUUACGAGCUUCAGGCCGUCGCCUGUCCUCCCGGUAAAACGGGUGAAUCGUGCCGAGAGGAGUGCGCCUGUAGCCACGGUGGCAGCUGUGACCGGUGGGCCGGCUGUGUCUGUCCGCCGGGAUGGACGGGAACCACGUGUCAGACCUCCUGCCCAGUAGGAACCUACGGAGUGGGCUGCAGCAGCCGGUGCGGGUGUCAGCAUGACGCCACCUGCUCCCCUACCGACGGUCGGUGUAACUGCACGGCGGGCUGGUUCGGCAGACACUGCAGCAGACCGUGCUUCGCAGGUCGGUACGGAUUGAAAUGUUGGCAGGCCUGUGCCUGUAAGAACAACGCCACGUGUCACCACGUGGAUGGAUCCUGCACCUGCGCGCCACCCUGGACUGGUAAGCGGUGUGACGUGAUUAAAAUCCCGUUUUCGAAUUACACCACGACUGCCAACGUGUACCCAUUCCCGUUGUCGCUCCAGAUUGCCGUACCCGUGACGCUGACUUUGCUAGUGGCCGCAAUAUUAAUGUUUACACUCUACAAACGGAACACGGCUAGACAUGCGGCACAGGAACAGCGUCUAGAGGAGACCAGAGCCAUACUGGAGCUGAGAAAUAUGGAAGAUGACCUGGCACAGAGUUUGCAGCCCGGCUGGCUCAACCGGUGGGAGAGGAGCGCUGACGAUCUGACUCUGGACGAACUGGUCGGACUGGGCGCGUUUGCACAGAUCAGGAGAGGCCAGCUCCGUGUGGCUGGCGCCGACGUCACGGUUGCGGUCAAGUCCGUUCGCGGAGAGGACAGGCGGUGCUACCGAGCCUUCUGUCGGGAAGUCGCCGCGCUGAUAGCCGUACACGAAAACAACCACGACCAACAUGGCGGACAUCCCAACAUCGUCAAGCUGUUUGGAGUCGUGACCAAGUCCUCACCCAAAAGUAUUCUUCUGGAAUUUGCUGCCAAAGGCGAACUUUUGGUAAUCCUAAAGGAACAACCUCGGCCAAACGGUUCUCUUGUCAUGUUUCUCAGCUACGCCGUCCAAAUAUCCCGUGCCUUAAACGAGCUUCGAAAUCUGCGGAUCGCUCACGGUGACGUGGCCGCCCGAAACGUCCUGGUCAGCGGCGAUGACGUGGCCAAACUUGCUGACUUCGGUCUGGCUCAUGACGUCUACACCACGACUACCUACGUGUCCACAGUCCAAGGUGACGCGGACGAACUCCUGCCCCUGAAGUGGAUGGCUUUAGAGUCGCUGGAGUCUCGCGAGUUCACGUGCGAGAGCGACACGUGGUCGUUCGGCGUGCUGCUGUGGGAGAUCGCCGCCUUCGGGGAGGAGCCCAGCUACCAGCGCCAUCUGAGUUGUCCCAAGUUGGUGGGGAUCCUGAGGCAGGGGGUCCGUCUGGAGAGGCCGCCCGGAUGUCCGGAGAAGCUGUAUGACGUCAUGAAGUCGUGUUGGCAGGAGGACCCGUCGGUAAGGCCAGAGCCGGCAGAACUGGAGCGGGAACUGACAGAAUGUCGCCACGAAAUGGACCCGCGUCUGGUUAUGGAGAAGGAAACUGCAGUUUAG